UCGCAACGAAUCAAACGCUUUUCGGAGGCUUUCUUUUGUAUCGAGAAACAGAAAAAACAUUUGCAUUCAAUAUGUGAUAACAAUACCACUGUUUUCACUGAAGUCAGCGAUUCUAUUCGCAAGUCACCCUAUCUUACACUUCUGCCCCCAUGUGAUGUUGAGUGUGUGGCACUCGAUGGCGAUUCCACAACACUUCCCAUAAUAUACGAAGAGAAGUUUGACUCGGAAGUGGCGCUAAACAAGAUCUCGACGAUUAGUAACAUUUAUUUUGAGGAUAAUUUCGACAAUUUAUUGCAAUUGAAUGGCGAGUCGUCGACAACAAUGAAGCGUAAUAUGAGAGACAAAAUACUGAACAACUUAUCGCGUCUUAAUUUCGGCACUUAUGGCCGUCUGAAGGAGGAGUACAGUCCUAUCGCCACCAGAGCCUCGAUGACCAACUUAUCGCCGACCAGUGAUCACACAUUUGAAUCUCCUUUAAAGCCACCGAAAUGUGACGCCAAAGAAUCGGUGACU